GCCAGUUUACUUCGCACAUUUGCUAGUGUUCCAGCGAGUCGUAUGUGCCGUGCUCCCACAGAGCGCGUUCGACUUUACUUCUUACUCGCCUGGUUCAACGGUGUUUUACAAGAGCGCCUUCGUUAUGUUCCACUUGGUUGGUCAAAACGAUACGAAUUCAAUGAGUCUGAUCUCAAAGUGGCUUUUGAUACAAUUGACGUUUGGGUUGAUGCAGUUGCAAUGGGUCGGGCUAAUCUACCUCCUGAGCGAGUCCCUUGGGCAGCAUUACGAACGUUAUUGUCUCAAUGUAUCUACGGUGGCAAAGUAGACAAUCAAUUUGAUCAACGUCUUAUCGAGACUUUCUUGGCUCAUCUGUUUACAUAUUCAAGUUUUGAGCAUGACUUUCCUCUCAUCGCCAAUGUGGAUGGAAUUUCUGGUCAUAAUAUAGUUGUACCUGACGGCAGUUCCAUUGAGGACCUCCUCUCGUGGAUCAAUGCACUUCCGGACACCCAGACACCUUCUUGGCUUGGCCUCCCUAAUAAUGCAGAGAAAGUGUUGCUUCAUCAUAUGGGUACGCUUUUGUCAUAUUUUUAUUUCAUUCCUCCUCUUAGCUGGUAUUUGAAAAAGAUGUUGACUGAGGGCUUGCUCAAGAAAAAAGAAUUUUCUUCUGUUUUAGGUCAGAAAGUGAUAAGCGACUUGCUGAAGAUGCAAGCUGCACAAGAGGAUGAUGAUGCAAGCCUGGCCACAACAAUGUCAGCACAGAUCGGGGUAUCCUCCCGUCCGUCUGUUUCCGUUGAUGCCAGUUCUGGCCUUGAUGCUCGUCCAAUAUGGAUGCGCCAGCUUCAGACAACUUGUGAGGUUUGGCUUUCACAAAUACCAGUCGGAUUGAAACCGCUACGACGCACGCUUGAAAACAUUCGUGAUCCCUUGUAUCGUUGUUUCGAGCGCGAGGUUAACACUGGACUAAAUCUACUUAAUGAGGUCAGAAGGGAUUUGGCCGAUGCUAUACAGGUGAGUUAG